AUGGAACCAGCCGAUGCGGAUGACCGAGAGCGCUAUGUCUGGAUGUCUGAGAAAUCUAGGGGAGAUCCACGGCUUCCUUCAGUCAAUGUUUGCCCAUCGUUUUCGCUAUGGAGGUGGGGGGAGAUGUUAAACGAAAGCAGCGCGGUCAGCGAAGCACAGCAAAAUCUGAUUAUGAAACACGCUGACACUCGCACUUUCUUGGAUCAUUAUCUUCCACGCCACAUCGACACGGAUAUGCAGAGUGUUAUGAACGGCCGUGAAUCCAACAAGUCUCUGAAGCGCGCGAUCACCCGCAUGAGUAGGUGGAUUGACAAGAGACGCCCUCGACAUCUUACUUCGAAGCAGCGAGCGUCCCUUCGCGAACAUCCAGAAUAUGUGGAGGCCGAGCGGCGAAUGAGGGAGCAAGCCGAAGAGUGCAAACGCGAUCCUAGUGCAGCGAUGCAAUUGCGAUUAGAGAAAUUGACACGCGAAACCUCCAAUACAUUUGGUAGGUUGGAAAGAGCAUUGAGACGAAAGGUCCGCCAUGAGUUCGACCGCAAACAGGCCAUAAUAGACAUUGGGCGACAGCUUUCGGGGGCUGCUGUUGAAGACGAAGAGACGAGGAAGGUGCUUCAAGUAGAAGACCAGAUGCUACCAGAGCAGAUUGAUCUUCUGAAGAACUUAUUCACAUGA